GUUUGCUAAUUCUGAUACAGAAAUAUUUAUCUGAGGCAUUUCGAACAACAGACGCUGUCGACGUCGGUUUCACUGCAAAGUCUUGGUUAGUGUGUGUUCCACAGCAGUCUGACAGGCCAGUGGGCUACAGCCAGGAUGUCCUAUAUGAGAACAAACACCAGCUGGUCCCAGCCUCGGGACGUCAGCAGCCUGGUCCAGGCGUGCAGUUCCAACAUCCAGAUGAUCAGCCAAAACUCUGGUCAGAUCAAGAAUCUCCUCCACCAGCUGGGCGCAAGACAGGAAACCUCAGAGCUCCAGGAGAGGCUCCAACAGCUCCAGCACAACACCAACCAGCUGGCUAAAGAAACCAACAGACACCUGAAGGAGCUGGGUUCACUGCCCCCACCACUGUCUCCGUCAGAGCAGAAGCAGCAAAAGCUGCAGAGGGAACGUUUGAUGAAUGAUUUCUCUGCAGCCCUCAACAACUUCCAGGUGGUGCAGCGGAGGGCAGCUGAGAAAGAGAAGGAGUCAGUGGCCAGAGCUCGAGCUGGAUCCAGAGUCAUGGGAGACGGAGAAAAUGUGGAUGAACAGCUGGUCACGUUUGAAAAGGAGGAUGAUUGGUGUCAGAGCCAAACUGAGGAGCCCACCAUCACAGAGGAGGACCUGGAGAUCAUCAAGGAGAGAGAGACGAACAUCAAACAGCUGGAGGCUGACAUUACGGAUGUGAACCAGAUCUUUAAGGACUUGGCUGUGAUGAUCCAUGACCAGGGAGACAUGAUCGACAGCAUCGAGGCCAAUGUGGAGAGUGCUGAGGUUCAUGUGGACAGAGGGGCGGUCCAGCUGCAGAAGGCAGCCUAUUACAAGAGGAAAUCCCGUAAGAGGAUGUGCAUGCUGGCCAUGGUGCUGUCGCUUGUGCUCAUCAUCCUCAUCAUCAUCAUCUGGCAGGCCAUCAAAUGAGAGGAGAAGCACAGCCCAGUGAUACCUUCAAAUGACUUCCUGUGCGUGUGUGUAUUUAUGUGGGAUAAAUGAAUGGGAGUACGUGGGUUUCUUAUGUUUUUUUGGCUUCGAAAACUAACAGCAACAAUUUAGGAACAAAUCUGCCAAUAUUUUAAGAUUUUUAGUUUUCUGUUUCCUUGAGUGAAAAACCGACACAUUCAGUGCUUCUUCUCGUAGUUGUGGAACAUUAAAGCUCCCCUGAGACAAUGUACUCUUUCUACCCCCACUACUGGCGGUACACUACUCUACCUUUUUGACCAGGAUUUGUGUUUUGAACCCCAUGGGAAGACAGUUGUUCAGUCAUGUUUUCGUCACUUGAGAAAUAAAGAUGAGGUGAAGUCUUUUAUUUCAGCCGCAGAUCUGGAGAAACUCACCCAUGCUUUUAUUUCCUCCCACCUCGACUGCUGUACUCCCUGUAUACCUGUCUCAGUCAGAAAUCAAUCCACCACCUACAGGUAGUUCAGAUGCUGCAGCUCGGCUCCUAACUCAGAAAAUGUGUUGACAUCACUACUAUCGCAUCUCUCCACUGGCCGCCCGCUCAUUUAAGGGAUUGAUUUUAAAAUUAUUUUAAUUACUUUUAAGUCCAGGUCUGAGCUUUUAUCCCCCUGUGAUCCAGGACUCAGUCUGAGCUCCGCUGGUAGUUCACUGCUGGCCAUUUCAAGGUUGUAAACUAAAGGAGAUGGGACCAGACUCUCAGAGUCAGUUCAGUUUUAUUGUGGGAUGUUUCACAUUGAUUUGCAUCAAUGGAUGUUUAAUAUUUGACUCAUGUGAAGCACUUUGUUACUUGUAUUGAAAAGAAACAAAUAAAGUAUAUUAUACUUAUUACUGCUACUAAUAGUAAUGAUAAUAAUUAGAUGGAGAUCAUGCAGACUGCAGGAGUGUGUGUGUGUGUGUGUGUGUGUGUGUGAGAGAGAGAGAGAGAGAGAGAGAGAGCUGUAUGUGUGCAUGUCUGCACAUUAGUCUGAGACUAACAAAUAAAGCCGCAUCCCAUGACAUUUUUUCUGUCACUUUUCUUUAAUAUCACUACUGUAGGACUGUGUCUUAUCCAAUGUUGCACAAUUUGUACACAGUGAGUCCAUAUAAAGCCUGUCUUGUUUGAAUAUGAAGUGUAUUGCUGAUGUAAGGAGUGUCUUACUAAUGAUAAAGUUGAA